GAAUCGUUGAAAAACUUAUCAAAAACUGAUUACCCGAACAAAAAAACCUUAUCCAAAACUUUAUCAGCAUUAAGAAAAGUUAUGACCUACUUGAUAAAAAAGAGUCGUUGACCUUUCUGCGGAGAAUCCGAAACAAUACUCAAAAACGAGGAGAAGUGAAUGCGAAAAAGGCUCUCGUUUCGAGUGGUAUUGAAGUUACAAGCUACAACGAAUAGUAUUCGUGAGUUAUGAGUCAUCUACAUGCGAAUCAAUAUAUUAAAAUUUAACUGUUUUUUUUCAUUCCUGUACUACGAAAUACGAAAACUAACAAAUAAUGGAAAAUAUGUUCCAAAAAAAAAAAAAAAAAAAAAAACAAAUAAUGGAAAAUAAUAGUUGCUUUUAUGACGCUGAAAAACAAAAAAAAAUAUAGUAAGAAACUACGAACUUGUACAGUGCACUAAGUGAAGAUAACUUGUGGACCAUUUUCCCUCGUUUGUGUCGGACUUGGAUUAGCUGGUAAUAAUAGCCUUGCUCGUCCCUUGUAAAUGUAGUACACUAGUACUGAAUAAGCAAAGACAACCAGCGAGACAUACCGGAAUCAGAUUUGAAUCUAUUAAAGUACCACUUGCUGUUGAGUUUAUUAAGUUCGUUAGUUCUCAAUUAAAUGACUUGGUCAUAUUCUGUUAUUUGUCAAAGUUAGUUAUCGAAGAAAUAGGUCUUAGUGGCCUUAGUCGUUUGUGGACGUAAUGUCCGUUUGUUUCGGUAGCUCUGUUUCAGUUCUGUUUCUUUGUAAGCCUUUAUAAGGCACUUGACUUUUUAUUAAUUCAGUUAUCGUUUUGGAAAACUCUGAGCAUUCUUUACAUUUGGUAUCAGAGCAAAAGCAAAGUGAUCUGAGAGAGAGAAAGACAUGGGUGACGAUAAGACGCUUACGAAGAUUCCACACUUCGAUGGUCACUAUGAUCAUUGGAGCGAGUUGAUGGAGAAUCUGUUGCGAGCUAAGGGUCUAUGGAACAUGGUGGCCGAGGGUUACUCUGAGCCAGCAGAAGGUGUUGAAGUUAUUGCUGCUCAAAGGAAGGAUCUGGAGGAUCUCAAGAUGAAGGAUCAUCAGGUGAAACACUACUUGUUUCAGGCAAUUGAUCGAACCGUGUUUGAGCAAAUCCUGGAUCGUCGAAACUCCAAGGUGAUAUGGGAUUCGAUGAAGAGGAAGUUUGGUGGAAAUGAAAGAGUGAAGCGAUCUCUCCUCAACACACUGAGAAGAGAAUUUGAGGUGCUGGCUAUGAAGGGAGACGAGAAGAUUGAUGAUUACUUUGGGAGAGUGAUGACUGUCUCAAACAAAAUGAGAAGCAAUGGUCAGAUCAUGCCUGAUUCGAAGAUCGUAGAGAAUAUUCUCAGAACGUUGACAGAGAAAUUCACUUACGUAGUGAUCUCGAUUGAAGAAUCAAAGGACACGACAAGCAUGUCCAUUGAUGAGCUACAGAGCUCUUUGGCGGUUCAUGAACAAAAGCUCAAGAGAACGAGCCAUGAAGAAGAAGAUCAAGCCUUCAAUGUCAGAGGAAGGGGCAGAGGUUCAUAUCGUGGAAGAGGCAGAGGAUGA